GAUAUAAUUAUUGUUGUUAUCUUGUAACGUAGCUUGUCGUCUAUUUCCAAUUACAUUUCAAUUCAUCACAUGUUCAUUUUGUAUUAUUUAUUUUUUGUUACAGCUUGGUGAAGUAAUUAACAAAUAAUUACGUAAGUGUGCAAGAUUAAUAGUCGUUCCGGCGUAGUUGGGACGCCUUGGUGUAAACAACAAAUAUCAGACGCUUGGCCAGUCUUUCCUAUCAGUCGUCUUUAUUCGUCAAUAAAAUGUUGUAAUAUCGUACUGCCUGGCAUUUUAACAACAAACAGUCUUUAUUAACAAUCAUAAAAGUUGUUUUCGCUUGCCUUAACCCAUCGUAGUGGUAAAAUGAAACGUUCGUUUAUUCCUGGUGACCUUGAUUGUCAGUUGUAGCUUGACGGUAACCGCCUCGUUUCAGUCCUAAUUGUGUUAUUUCUUUGGUGAAAAUGGAAGAUGAAGCCUAUACUGAUAUUAAUGGCAACCCGAUAUCUCUGGACUGUCAAAAGCACUGCAGCUUUUGCCGGGAGUUUACUGUCAGCUCGCCCAAAAUGUCCAUCGGCAAGGUGAUGGGAUACACUUGCGCCGUUUGGCUAGCUGCCUAUGCCGUGUUCUUCAUCACAGCAAACACAGCUGUGCUCACUGGCGCCAUCCUGUUCACCCUGUUGGGAAUGAUGCUACAUAUUCACUUGGUGAAGGUAGACCACGAGUCGGUACUCGUUAUCGGCUCUUUGGGCAUCCAGGUAUCCUCCAGCUAUGCGUCGGGACGGGAGACGAGCACCUUCAUUGAGAUGAGCCAAGUCAAGGAUGUGGUCAUCAACGAAGCCAUUUAUAUGCAUCAAAUCAUCUACUACCUUUGCAUACUGCUGAAGGACCCCUCAGCUCCUGAUGAUGUGUCAAGGGUGGUGCCAUUGUUUCAGAGCUCAAGGCCAAGGCUGAACUGCUUGGUUAAAGUCUACAAAAGCUGUCAGGAGAUUCUGUCAAACUGCUGACACCUCACACGUAGCCAGGCCAGAGGCUUCUUUAUUAUAUAUACUAUAGCAUCAAGAUCUGUAAAUCAACUUGUAAGUCAACAUUUGUUGACUAACUUGGCCUGAAUUGUUUUGCGUCCAUUCCUGCAGUAGGGGGCAGCAUUGCACCACGCACACUUACUUGAAUCCCUUGAAUGAGUUCUAACACUGGGAUGUCAUUCAUGUAGGAAAUAGAAAACAGUAAAGCUCUAUAUUUUGUAAACAUAAGGAGCAAGAUUUAGCUUUUAUAUCCAUUAAUAUGGAUACAACUUUAUGAGAAUUUUAGACCAUAUUUAUCACAGUCAUGUUCUGGUCUUGUGUAUCUCCAGAAGGUGACAUAGGAGGGCCUCUCCUCUGGGUACACACUUAAUGUUCAUGUAAUCAAGCCGACUACUUAAGAAGUUCUCUGUGUUAAUGUUUCUGUCGGAAAAUUCGCCUUGUCACAGCUCUGCUUCCAAGACCCGAAUUAUACUAGACGUCUCAUCAUAUUCUCCGUUUUCUGAUUCUGCCAAGUUCUCUUCGCUUACCUUUGUAAGUUUUUUGUUGUUAUUGUUAGUCACGAAUUUUGUAUUGAACAUUUUGUUGUCCUUUGUCGGCCUUGCGACCUGUUUUUUUUUUUCUGUCAUAAAUAUUUUUGUUACCGGUAAUUCUUUCCGAGUACACGUUUCUGGAGUCCAAUUGUAUUUGGUACGGAAGUUUCCAGAAAUCUGAUAACCAAAAUGUGCACAUUAAACAAUGAGGCUUCUUGUCCGUC